AUGGGCGAGGAAACCAGACACAGAGAGCCGGACUGGGGAGUCAGACAGCAAGUACUGUUCUUUCUGUUCUUAUUGUCUUUGUUCGGCCGGGCCGUCUCGGAGCAGAUUAGUUAUUCGAUUCCUGAAGAAAUGGCCAAAGGUUCCCUUGUGGGGAAUCUCGUCAAGGAUUUGGGACUGAAUGUGAGAGAACUGCCUCAGCGAAAGCUUAGUGUUGUCUCUGGUUUUGAAAAGCAAUACUUCGCUGCUAACUCGGAAAAUGGAAAUCUGAUUGUAAAUGAAAGGAUAGAUCGAGAGGGAAUAUGCGGGGAAGCAUCUCUUUGUGUCCUCAGUUUUCAGUCGGUUGUGCAAAAUCCUUUUAAUGUUUUUCACGUGAAUGUUGAGGUCCGGGACAUUAAUGACAAUGCACCGCGGUUCAAUACUGAAUAUAUUGAUUUAGAAAUUAUUGAAUCCACGCUGCCGGGUGCGCGAUUUCCACUAGGAACGGGAAGAGAUCCAGAUGUAGGCAUUAAUUCACUACAAAUUUACCAGCUCAGCCUCAAUCGGUAUUUUACCCUGGCGGUGAAAGAAAGCCCGGAUGGCAGUAAACAGGCAGAGCUGUUACUGGAGAAACCUUUGGACCGGGAAAAGCGGAGAUACCAUCACUUAGUCCUGACGGCCGUGGAUGGCGGAGAUCCAGUCAGAACUGGUACAGCUCAGGUUAGAGUUAAUGUCACUGAUGCCAAUGACAAUCCCCCCGUGUUCACUGAAGAGAUCUACAAAGUCAGCCUGAGGGAAAACCUACCAAAGGGCUCCUUAGUGCUUCAGGUGAAAGCUACUGAUACCGACGAGGGCUUAAAUGCAGAAAUCAUGUACUCUUUCAGCAACAUCCCUGACAAUGCUCGCAAAUUAUUCAAUCUGGAUCCCCGAACAGGUGAGAUUACAGUGACGGGCCCUUUGGAUUUCGAAGAGGUGAAAUUUUAUCAAGCGAACGUGGAAGCAAAGGAUGGGGGAGGUCUGACAGCUCAUUCUAAAGUGCAAAUACAGAUCCUUGACGAGAACGAUAACGCCCCUGUGAUUGCCUUCACAAUAAUUUCCAAUCCGGUUCCCGAAGACUCGGCCCCUGGGACUGUCCUAGCUCUCCUCAAUGUCCGUGACCGAGAUUCCGGAAAAAACGGAGAGAUUACCUGUGGUGUGGAAGAUAAUGUACCUGUAAUAAUAACAUUUUCUUCUAGUAAUUCUUUUAAACUCGUAACCGAAAAUAUUCUGGACAGAGAGACAGUCUCUGAUUAUUCUAUCACAAUCACAGCCACAGACAAAGGCUCUCCCCCUCUCACUACCCAGAAAACCAUCCUGUUGCAGAUCUCGGAUAUCAAUGACAAUGCCCCUGUCUUUCAAAAACCUUCCUACACCGCCUGUGUGUCAGAGAACAAUCCCUCAGGGGCCUCUAUUUUUAGUGUAGAAGCCUCAGACCGAGAUCGCCUGAAUGCCCGAGUCACUUACUCCAUCCUGAGCAGCAACCUCCAGGAGGUGCCUCUCUCCCCCUACAUCUCCAUUGUCCAGACCGGAGCUAUCUAUGCCCAGUGCUCCUUCGACUACGAGCAAUUCCGGGAGUUUGAAGUGCAAGUACAGGCCCAAGACGGCAGGUCCCCACCUCUCAGCAGCAAUGUCACCGUCAGGGUGUUUAUUCUGGAUCAGAAUGAUAACGCCCCUCGCAUCCUGUACCCUUCCCUGGGAGCUGAUGGCUCCGCCUUGUUCGAGAUGGUCCCUCGCUCAGCCGAGUCAGGUUAUCUGGUGACGAAGGUGGUGGCGGUGGAUGCUGACUCAGGACACAAUGCCUGGCUCUCCUACCAUCUGCUCCAGGCCACGGAACCAACGCUGUUCAGCAUGGGGCUACACAUCGGGAAGAUCCGGACAGCCCGCGCCUUUGCGGACAGAGAUGCUGUGAAGCACAGGCUGGUCACGCUGGUGAAGGAUAACGGGCAGCCGCCUCUGUCAGCCACAGUGACUCUCAACCUGGUGUUUGCCGAGAACUUCCAAGAGGCUCUUCCGGAAAUGAGCGACCAAUCGGGUGACUCGGUACCUCAAUCUGAUUUACAGUUCUACUUGGUGCUGGCUUUAGCCUUGAUCUCAUUUUUGUUCCUUUUAACAAUUGUAGCAGUUCUUAUGAUGAAAUUUCGAAGAUCAAUGAAUCCCACCGUUCUCCGGUGUUUCUCUCCUAGUUUGUACUCCAAAUCCAGUGCCAGAUGCCCACCAAACUAUGGCGACGGGAUUUUACCAUAUUCUUAUAACCGAUGUUUAGCCAUAAACUCCGGAAAAAACUAUCUUAAAUUUCUAAAACCAAAAGACCAAACUGUAAUAGCACAGAAUAUCAUUUCGAAUGACAAUUCUGGAAUAUUAUUUUUGAGCAAUGACUGCAGCGAACCCAAAUCAGAGAUCAGUGUUCCUGAUAAGGUGAGUUUUGCGUUAGAUGCCUGUUUGUUAUUUGGAGUAUGA